AUGGAAAAUCAGUCGCCAGAGACGUACGCCAAACUGACGAUUUUCACUGGAAUUUUUGCUGUGGGAUUUACGGGUAACCUGCUGACCAUCAUCGUAAUUUAUCGAAAGGGACAGACUAGAUCUCCUUAUCAACUGCUUGUUCUAAACUUGGCUUCCUCAGAUUUACUUUUCAUCCUUUCUGCACCACCGACUGCAUCGUACGAGAUGUUUGCAGUGAUUGGCAAGUCCCAGUUUUAUUGUCGAGUUGUAAUGCCUAUGGUGACUAUGUUUUAUUUUCUGAGCAUAUUCACUAUCACUUCAAUGGCGAUUCAACGCUGUCGUUCCAUCGUAUUGCCUUACCGACCAAAUUUGAGUAAGAGAAUGAUGUAUGCUUGGAUUGCAGCAAUUUGGUUUCUUUCAUUUAUCAUUAUACUACCACUGGCCAUCGUCACUGAGUUGAACGAGAAAGGCCAGUGUGAAGAGAACUGGCCAAGCUUUAGUCAUAGACAAGCUUACACGAUGGCACUUUUUCUACUCCAAUAUUUGAUUCCGCUUAUUAUAAUCGCCACUAUCUACGUGAAAAUCGCAAGGCGCCUUUUGAGCGCCGAAGUCUCAUUAAGUCGUGCGCGCAACGCCAGUUUUACAACAGAAGAACAAAAGGCUGCAGAAGCGAGAAGAAUCAAGACCAGAAACCAAGCUAUCAGAACUUUAGCUGUCGUUGUUAUCGUAUUCGCAAUUUGUCUCUUUCCGGGUCAAAUCUCGUGGCUGUUGAUGGAUUUUGGUGGCGGUGGAAAAGCUUUAGAAAAAGCAAUAGCAAGUCUCCUAGCUUUUUCUGACGUUCUGGAUAUGCUACAUGCAUGUGUUAAUCCUGUUAUCUACUGCUUGCUAAACGAACGUUACCGCAAAGAAUAUAUUAAUUGUUUGGUUUAUUUAUUUCCGUGUAAUCGUGAAAAUAAUUAG